CCCGCAGGAGGACCGCUCCUUUCCAACGUCACUUCCGGGAGCGCCUCUAUCUUACAUAUACGCGCACUUCACGUUUUUCCUCCGUGAAGCUUUCGGGCCGAGGGGAUCCAGAGCAGAAUCUCCGGGUGAAGUUUCUACUUAGCAGACAUGACUGAGGCAGAAGUAAAUCCGAAAGCUUACCCUCUUGCUGAUGCUCAGCUCACCAAGACACUACUGGAUCUUGUACAGCAGUCUUGUAACUACAAACAGUUGCGCAAAGGAGCCAAUGAAGCCACUAAAACUUUGAAUAGAGGAAUUGCGGAAUUCAUUGUGAUGGCUGCAGAUGCUGAACCUCUUGAAAUUAUCCUUCAUCUCCCACUACUUUGUGAAGACAAGAAUGUGCCCUAUGUGUUCGUGCGUUCCAAGCAAGCCUUAGGGCGGGCAUGUGGUGUUUCUCGGCCCGUUAUUGCCUGUUCCAUUACUAUCAAAGAAGGCUCACAACUCAAGCCUCAAAUUAAUUCUGUCCAACUAUCUAUUGAAAGACUAUUGGUCUAACUUUGACAGAAGUAAGUCCAAAAACCAAGACUAUAUGAAUAUUUUGUUUAACAGCUAUUAUUUUACAAUGUAAGUCAUGCUCUUAUAAGAUGGAUGGCCAUAUAAAUGAUUGGUUAAUAAAUGUUUAUUAGGUUUUUGAAUCUAGAUUACUUUCUUCAGUUGUUGUUUAGGCCUAUAAUUGGAGAUUGUGUGUUCUUUUAAGUCAAGACAAAUUCAUACCCUCAUAAUAUUUAGGACAAUAAUUUGCAGUUACCAGGCAGUAAUGAUGCUAACCAUAACCCUAAUCCCAAAUUGCUGAAGUUGGUGAGCAGCUUAGUGAUUUUCAGAAGUGGAAACCCUGCCGCAUGCAUAGUCAAAUGUUUUCAAGUUGCUUUUUUAUGAAUUUUGAGAGUGGGAAUUGGAGGAUUUGCAGAAAACCUGCCUGAAAUUGUAUCCUAAAAGCACCCUAAUGUUCAGAAAAUGGGAUGAGCUUGCUCUGUCAGAAUUCAGCAAGUCUACCAGUGUAUUUCAGUGGCAUGAGCUCAGGAUGCUUGGGAGCCAAAUGGGAACUGCACAUUGUUCACCUAUACUUGAGAAGUGUAUUAUUGUGUAUCCCUGCUUUAAAUCUGUCUGAUGCAAAAAUUCUUCAGUGAGAUUUAAACUAAUUAUUUGAUAAUAACUAGCUUCAUUUGAAGAUGUUUGUGUAUAAGUUAAUGUUUAAUACAAUAAUACAAAACAUAUACCGUUUCCCCCAAAAUAAGACAUUCCCUGAUAAUAAGCACAAUCGGGCUUUUGAGCGCAUGGCAAUAAGGCCAAGCGCUUAUUUCAGGGUUCAAAAACAUAUAAGACAGGAUCUUAUUUUUGGGGAAACACGGUAAUAAUCUGUUCAAUAACCAAUGACAUGUUGAAGGUUAUUUGGCUUAUGGAGCUACCCUAAAAAGAAAUCAAAGUUUCCUCCCCAAUCUGAUGCAGUUUGAUAGGACAGAAAUGUAUGGAUUUUUUUUUCAUUUGCUUUUUGAUGCUGUAGUCAUUUUUCUUUGAGAAAUAAAUUACAAUAAAUAAGUACCAUACCCAGUAUCUUCUCUGAAACUGAGGUGCAGCACUGAUUCUGAUAGGCAUAGUCUUCCAAAUUUUACCUAACCAAUGCUGCUUUCUAGAAAGUUAGAUGUGUCAGGAUGUUGGCCUCUAGCCUACCACUGCAACUAAACAAUGUGAUAACAGCAAACUUGGCACUGUUUGUGUUGAGAUAAAAAGAUAAACUUUUGGCAACGUUUAUCUUUUCUGGAUCAAAAAGAACAUAGCAAAUAUAUUUUGCAUGAUACAAAGUUUUCAGAUGCAAAAAUGGGAUUAUACAAAGGAACAAGACAAGUCAUGACCAGAUGAGUCAUCGUUUCAGAUAUUUCCCUACGUAAACAAAUAGAAUAACCAUGGGCAGCAAAAAAUUUGUGAGACCGGAGUGACUUAUUUUCUGUCAGCUUCACUAAUGAGUUUCCUUGUGGGAAGGUGAUAGGGAGCGUUAAAAAAAAACCCUUUCCCUCCCCAACCUUGUAAGUUUGCCUGCCAGCUUUAUUACCUUUUAAAAACUGUUAAGUGCAGCAGCAUUGAAGAAUCUGUAACUUUACCAAGUUUUAUUCUUAUAGGAAUCAUAGAUGCCAGAUUUGGGUGUAUUCUGUAAAUUAAUCCAUUUGAGGUAUACUGAUUCCAAAGUUAGGACUUUCUAAUGCAGCAUUUUGCCCAAACAAAGAUUACAAUAGAAGUUUUAGUAGUAUGUGGGUUACACAUGUUAAAUGUGCUCAACUAUGCAAGAAUGUCUGUCAUACUCAAUAGGUUGACUGGGUGUCGUAAAUAAAAUAAUGUCUGUA